AUGGUUGAUUUGACUACAGAUGCAGCGUUAGAUGAAGAUCCUUACAAAGGUGUUUCACCAGAUCAUGGUGACCAGUGUAUUACGUGUCAAGUAUGCAUGGCAAAGUUAUGGGAUGUAGAAACGGCGAGAGGCAGAACCAAUAAUGGGAAAACAAGUUAUUUUUUAUGUUGUGGUUAUGCCAAAGUAGAGCUACCCGAUUAUAAAGAUGCACAACCAAAUUAUCAGAAACUAUUUACAUCUUUGGAUAAUGAAAGCAAGCAUUUUUUGAAAAACAUUCGCCGUUAUAAUUCUAUGUUCGCUUUCACAUCAAUGGGUGGUAAGGUCGAUCCGACUGUUAAUAGAGGUAAUGGCCCAUUUUGCUACAGGAUUAGCGGUGAAAACUAUCAUAGUAUUGGAAGUCUGUUGCCGGAGAAUGCCAAUAAACCAAAGUUUUGCCAGCUGUACAUAUACGAUACAGAGAACGAAGUUUCAAACCGAGAAUCGAUUUUUAGUCGAUCUAAGGAGUCACCUACAUCCUCUUCUGCUUCAGUUGAUCGUCAGUUGAUCCAACAUAUCAAGUCUGUGUUAGACUCCGAUAAUGUAUUGGUUAAAGUUUAUAGGAUGGUUAGAGAUUGUUUUCAUGACGAUCCGCAACUUACUCUUAAGGUACGUCUUAUUGGAAAAAGGGACAAGGAUGGUCGAAUGUAUAACUUACCAACAUGUGGUGAGGUUGCUGCUCUAAUUGUUGGGGAUGUUGAAAACGCAAUUGAGAACAGAGAUAUUGUUGUUGAAACUAAAUCGGGGACUCUUCAACGAAUAAGUGAAUUACAUCCUUCUUACCUUGCUCUUCAAUACCCAAUUCUCUUCCCAUAUGGAGAUGAUGGUUACAGAGUUGACAUCCUUCAUAGAGGUGUCAUAGAUGUAACCAACAAGAAGCGUCCAAAUUGUACGAUGAGAGAGUUCUUUUCGUAUCGUAUUCAAGAUAGACUAAACCAAUUUUCGCUGAUUCUAAAUUCAAGGAGACUUUUCCAACAAUUUUUGGUUGAUGCUUAUACGAUGAUUGAGAGCGAGAGACUAAACUACAUACGUUUUCAACAAAAAAAUCUAAGAUCUGAUACCUAUGAAAGUCUCCGGAAAUUGAGAAAUAAUGGUCAGCAAGAUAUAUCUAAUGUUGGUACACCUCUUAUAUUGCCUUCUUCGUUUACUGGUGGAGCUAGAUAUAUGAUGCAAAACUAUUUAGAUGCAAUGGCUUUAUGUAAAUGGUUCGGUUAUCCUGAUUUUUUUUAUAACCAUUACAUGCAAUCCGAAGUGGCCAGAGUUAUUUAUACAAUUGAGUUUCAAAAACGUGGCUUGCCUCAUGCGCAUUUGUGCUUAUUCAUAGAACCAGAAGCUAAACUUCCCACUGUUGACCAAGUUGAUCCGUUCAUAUGUGCAGAAAUUCCAAACAGAGAUGAUGACCCAGAGUUGUAUACGCUUGUGAAGGAUUUUAUGAUUCAUGGACCGUGUGGUAAUGCUAAUAUGAACUGCCCAUGUAUGGUUGAUAAACAGUGUUCAAAAGAUUUUCCUAAAAGAUUUCAAGAUACUACGACAAUUGACGCCAAUGGUUUCCCAUUAUACAGAAGGAGAGAUGAUGGAGCAACAGUUGUCAAAAACCGGAUCGAAUUAGAUAAUAGAAGUGUUGUACCAUACAACAAAAAGUUAUUGAAAAAGUAUCAGGCACAUAUAAACGUGGAGUGGUGCAACCAAGCUGGGUCAAUUAAAUAUUUGUUUAAGUAUAUCAACAAAGGUCCUGAUAGAGCAACAGUUGCUGUUUUGCAUAGUGAUAAUCAUAAUGAACAACAUGAAAAAGAUGAGAUUAAAAAGUAUUAUGACUGUCGGUAUAUCUCAGCAUGCGAGGCAUCAUGGAGGAUAUUUAGUUACGAUGUAAAUUACAGAUAUCCUUCUGUUAUCAGACUUCCAUUCCAUCUUCCAGGUCUCCAACCGGUUGUCUUUAGAGCAGACGAAGACAUCAAUUCUGUUCUUAACAGGCCAUCUGUCAAGUGUUCUAUAUUUCUGUCUUGGAUGGAAAGGAACAAAGACCCUGAUGACCAUUUGGCGCGUACACUAACUUAUGUUCAGUUUCCAACUUGGUAUGUAUGGAAGAUUGAAAACCGUUGUUGGCAACCUCGGAAGAAAGGACCUAAGUCAUAUGACGAUAUCAAAACUGUUAAUGGUCAUGUACAUGAUACAUUUCGAGAUGUGUGUUUCGCACUUGGUCUUUUAGAUGAUGACAAAGAGUACAUCGAAGCAAUUAAAGAAGCAAAUGAAACAGCAACAGCUUCAUAG